UACAUGACACUCCGCCCCUUCCUAUCCCUGCUGCUCGCGCUGGUCCUCCCGGCAAGCUCUGCGCUGGUUCUCCCGGCGGGCGGUCGCCUCGCGCCUCGGCUCGCCGUGCGCCCGCCUCGCGCCCACGCAGCGCCGCCUCGCUGCUCGUCCGCCGCCUCGCCGGGCGCCAGCGAGAGCGGCAGCAGCGGCAGCAAUGCGCCGCGGCGGCGUCGGCUGCUGCCGCGGCUCCCGCUGGCGAGCGGCUCCGGGGGUCGGAUGCGCGUGCCGCCUUGGCUCGAUCGCCUCGCCACCCGCGCGUCCAAGAUGCGCUGGCUGCGGCUGCUCUACGUGUUUCUGCUCGCGGCGCUCGUGCCCGUGCUGCUGGGGCGGCGCGCUCCGCCGCAGCGGGCGGUCGAGGUCUCGUACGCCGCCUUCAUGCAGCUUGCGGCGCGCGAGAGCGGCCGCAUCAGCGGCCUCCGCCUCUCUCUCUCGCGGUACGGCUUCCUGCUCGACGGCGCUCCAGCCUUCACGCGGCCGGUGCGGGCGCCGUCGGACCUGGUCUGGUUCCUACACAAGCACGGCGUCGACUUCCGCGCCGCGCCCGCCUCUGCCGCCGGCGCCCUCCUCCCACUCCUCUUCCCCCUGCUCUGGCUCGGCGCGCUCUACUCGAUGAUGCGCCGGCAGAUGGGCGGGCAGGGCAACGUGUCGAAGCGGGCGUCGGCGCAGCUCCUCGCGGCGGACGGCCUUUCCUUCGAGGACGUCGCCGGCAUCGACGCCGCCAAGGAGGAGGUGCGCGAGGUUGUGGCGAUGCUCAAGAGCCCGGCCACUUACGCCGCCGCCGGCGCGCGGCUGCCGUCGGGCGUGCUGAUGUGCGGGCCGCCCGGCACGGGCAAGACGCUCCUCGCCCGCGUCAUGGCGGCGCAGGCGGGCGUGCCGUUCUUCUACUGCUCGGGGUCUGACUUCGUCGAGCUCUUCGUCGGGCGCGGCGCCGCCCGCAUGCGCGCCCUCUUCAAAGAGGCUGCCGCCGUGUCCCCGUGUAUCGUCUUUGUGGACGAACUCGACGCGCUCGGCAAGCAGCGGUCGAUGCGGCUCGCGGGGUCUAACGACGAGGUCGAGCAGACGCUCAACCAGAUGCUCGCAUGUAUGGAUGGGCUCGGGGGGGAGUCGAGGGAUAUCGUCGUCAUCGGCGCUACCAACCGGUACGACAUCCUCGACCCCGCCCUCACCCGGCCUGGCCGCUUCGACCGCCUUGUGCGCAUCGAGCUGCCCGACGAGGCGGGGCGGCUCAACACGCUGCGCGUGCACACCAAGUCCCUCGCCCUCGCCCCCGACGUCUCGCUACGCAAGGUUGCGGCCGCGACGCCAACAUUCUCAGGAGCGGAGCUCGCCGCUCUGACCAACGAGGCUGCGAUCCGCUCCGUGCGCCGCGCCGUCGCCAGUAUUGCGAGCGAGCAGGGCGGCGGCGGCGGCGGCGGCGCGGGGAUGGCCAUGCCGGCGCACAGUGGCGCGGGCGGGCCAGUCACUAUGGCUGACUUCGACUCUGCGCUGGUCGACUUUGUGACUUCGCGGCGCAAGGGGCCAGUCGGCGGGCUCCUCGGCAAGGUCCUCGGCUAGUGUUGCUUGCCAGGCGCCUGCCCCCUCUACUGCUGCCCCCUCCCCGGCAAUACGGCGGGGCCACUCUCCUGCGAGCUUGCGUGAGGAGUGGGUGGGGGCGGGAGAGCAGCUGAACACGGGCGGGCGGCGGCGGACUCCGGCUCGCGUGUCGACCAUGGACUCCGCUGCUGCACGCCAGCGCAACGCGCGCGCGCAGUCCGUGAGGACAUCGUGCGGGUUCGAUGCGAGAGGGAGAGAGCGAGAGCGAGAGCGAGAGAGAUGUUACUAUGCGCGAAAAACACAUCGUACAGUUU